UUAGAGAUUUUAUUAGUCCCACUGUUCUUUGGGAUGUAGUGGGUGUCUACUUUUGUCAGAAGAUCUCACGUGACGGAUUCUAGAACGUUGAACAUUCAGUGGAAAGAACCAUGGACAACUUGGAGUCCAGACUAGGGCAGGACAGGUUCCUACAUGAUGAUAUGAGGUUGCAUCAAGGGAUGGUGGAUCAAGGGCAGACCGUCAUGGUGGACAGGAAGGUGGUUGAAGGUUACAGAUAUGUGGAUGUAUUGCUCACUGGUGGGGCUCCUUGGGGAUUUACACUGAAAGGUGGGAUGGAACACGGCGAACUUCUAAUCAUUACAAAGGUGGAAGAAGGGAGCAAAGCUGCCGACACCUUAAUGGCCGGUGACGAAAUUGUGAACAUAAAUGACCAACCGCUCUCAGGAUAUCGCCAGGAAGCCAUUGCACUGGUGAAAGGGUCCUAUAAAACACUGAAGAUGAUUGUAAAAAGGAGAAAUGAUGUUGCUUGCAGGCCUCAUUCUUGGCAUUCAGCAAAGUUCCUGGAAGGUCCAAUGGAGAUUCCAACUUCACAGCUUUCUAAGACCAAUGCGGUUUCUUGGAAUUCCAGAUACAACUCCAGUGGUUCAUCUCAAGAUCUGUGGAACCAAACAAACUUGCAAAGGAACUCUGGGCAUUUCAGCUCUGUGGGGAGCAUGGACAGUAUUGACCAGCCUUAUCAGUUCGGAAGACUUUCCUCCGCUAAAUCUAAUAACAGCAUAGAUCAAUUGGGAAACCAAAGUAAGAGAGAUUCCGCAUACGGCUCAUUUUCUACAAGCUUCAUGAAUACCGACCAAGCCUUAUCUAAAACUGGUUGUACUUCAACUGAAAAUAUUUUGUAUAAAAUUAACGAGUGGGACAAUACAAAACAAGAUUAUGGCAAAACCGAGCCUUUCUUGACUGAAACUAGAGGACAUGAAGAUAAGCAAGGGUACCCGUCUCCUUCCAGUCCUUAUGAAUACAACAAACCUAAGCGGACAGAUGAUUUGGCAGAUGGUAGACAUUCUAGCAGGUCAAACUUUGGUCCUGUUUGGUAUGUUCCAGAUACUAAAAAAACAAGUUCUUCACCACCUCCUCCUCUUCCACCUGUCCGCAGGGACAGCUAUGCAGCAACAAAAACUCACGAGAAGCCUUCUGCACCUGCACAAUCGGAUAUGGCAUGCACACAGCACUUUAAUGUUGCAAGUAGGUCUCACCAAAGACCAGACAGAAACUCUGAAAUCCCAGAUUACCAACAAAGGCUUGUUAGAGUAGCUGACAGGACUUUGGCAGAUAUGAGGAGAAUAAGUAAUUCUUCUUAUAAUGACAGUAUGGACCAAUAUGCAUCUUCCUAUAAUGACAAAUACCACAGUAACAUGCCCAAUGCCAGAAGAUUGCAAUCUUUGUCCACCAAUGAUGUUCGGUUUGCACAGCCAACUUACAGUUAUCACCAGCGGCAGCAUAGUGAUGAAAGCACCUUAUUUCCAAAUGCAAGAUCCUCAACAUCUCAUAAAUCACACCAGCAGCAAAUGACUUAUUACACUGGUUCUCAUGAGUCUGAUGCUGAUGCAGCUCAGAUUUAUAAUCCACAUCCAGUGAGAAUCUCCAGUUCUUCCACAAGCAACAAUGAAGGGAAACCGAAGGUGGACUGCAAUGGACAGAAUCGUCUAAACUAUCUGAGCACAAAGCAGCCACUUCAAGGAACUAUAAUGCAGCAUCAUUAUAAAGAAGAAUAUGAUAAGCAAGAAACAAGUUUUGGUAGAAUUUCUGCUCUUCAAGAAAAUGCUGCCACAUAUACUCAAGUGACCAGUCACUGUCUACCUCAGCAAAGCAGUGAGCCUUCACCAGAAAACUGUGAAACACUUAACCUGAAAAUAACUGAGAAAAAUGAUGACCAUUUCAGUAAUAAUGAUAGAUUCCCUCACAAGAAAAAUUCUGAAUAUCAUGAAGACCCAUAUAACAGAUUUUCACAAGCGGAGAAUACAGACAAAAAUGCCUUGAAUAAAAAGUGCAGAUCUUAUCAGAAAGAUUACAGUUGGGUUGAAGAAGAAGGUGCAAAGAUAAGCCCUCAGGUUACACCUAUGCUGCAUUCCUUAACUCAGGAAGGAAGGAAUCGUUCUGAUACUUUCCCAGAAAUUGAAAAUGAGAAGCAACCUUUCUCAGACGCAGGAAAACAGUCUCGUAGGAGUGACCGUUUUGCAACAACUCUGAGGAAUGAAAUUCAGCAAAGAAGAGCUCGUUUGCAAAAGAGUAAAAGCACAGUAGCCUUGACAGAGUCAAGUGAAAUGGAGAAUUCUGAAAGCUGGACUCAAGAUUCUAUGGAAAGCGUAACUCGUUCUUCAGAUGGUUCUUUUUCAAGUACAUACAAAAACCAUCUUAAAGAAGCCCAGGCAAGGGUUUUAAGGGCUACUUCAUUUCAAAGACGAGAUCUUGAACCUGGCUUGGCUGACCAUUCUUCAGUUUCUCCUGACCGUAAGAUGCAUGGAUCUAAUGUAUCUUUGUCUGUUUUUCCACCAGAUGUUUCUCCUUCUAUAGACCAAAUCAUAACAAAGCAAAAUAUGGUUCCUGGCAGCUCUCAAAACAUACCUCGUAUUGGAGGGCGAAAAAGAUUUACAGCGCAGCAAAAGCUUAGAUCUUAUUCUGAGCCUGAAAAAAUGAAUGAAGUGGGCAUUAGUGAAGAUAACCAUCAUCAAAACUCCAGUGUGCCCAAAGGAGUUGUGGGAUCUUUUGCAGACCGUUGGAAAUUCUUCGAAGAGACCAGCAAACCUAGUCAACCAAAAAAUGCAUCCAAAGUUUCUCCACGAAGUCAAGAGGAAGAAAAAAACAUGUUACAUCAUAUCAAAGACAGGGAAAAUGAACCUCCAGAACCUUGGCAUGACAAGAGCGCCCGAGCUGCAUCAAUAGGACCUGAACCCAAUCAAAAUAAAUCUCAGACUAACCGCUUUCAGCAGCCGGUGUUCUAUAAAAGUACUGAUAAUGUUACCACAGAACAGCCGCAAAGGUUAGGGACAUUUGCAGAAUACGAAGCUUCGUGGAAAGAGCAGAAGAAACCCUUAGAGAGGAAGAAUUCUGGUCGAUGUCAUUCAGCUGACAAUAUUCUUGAUGGUGGUCAUGAGCAGAUUUCAAAAUCCCAGUAUAUUCAUGAGAGGUCCCGGUCAUCCCCUACAACAGAUUUUUAUGCACAGGGAGCAAUUGUCAAUGCAAAGGAAAAGGCACCAGACAGUGCAAGGGAGAGCACGGAGAGAUCUGCUGUGACACACUGCAGCAGAAGCAGACAAGGCUCUUCUCAAAGGAUUGCUGAAGUCGAAGACAGAGAGGAAACCUCAAGAUUUGGAGAAGACUCGUAUAACAACAACUGGAAGCCUCCUGUUAAUUCCCCUAAAAAAACAGAAGCACAUAAUGCAUCCCAGGAAACCAGGGUUAGGUCUGGGACACUGCCAAGUGAUUAUAGAUUUGUAAAUGAAAAUGUAAACCAAGGAAACCAAGAUUCCUGCUAUUCAGUUGUUUCUAUUUUGGAAACACGCUCUGAAACAAGAAACGUUUCUCAUGCAGAUGGUGAAAACCAAUGGGAAGACCAGGUAUCUGUGAACAAACAGCGUAGGUCUGCUCCCCAAAGACCACCUCCACCCAAACUAGACAAGUAUUGGCGCCAGAACGGAUCUACGUCCUCUCUAACUACAUCUUCAGAAUCACUGAUCACUGCCCAAGGUAGAGGUGUCCAGUCUCAUUCACCUAAUCCCUUGGAUUCUGCUAAACCUGAACCAUCUCAGGUUCAACAACUAGUUGUUACGGAUAAAUAUCUGAGCAUUCCUUUGCAUGAACAACAUUAUUCCGGGCCAUCACAGAAUGAAAACCUACACUUAGAGAAGAAGCUCUUUGAUUCUCAACCUGUAGAACCCACAAAGUUUUCUUAUCUGCAGAAACCUGUAAUGGAACGAUCUAGGUCACCUUCUCCUCAGUUUGCUCCUCAAAAACUUACAGACAAACCUCCACUUCUAGUUCAAGAUGAGAACAUGUCCAGGAUUGAACGAGUGAUAGACAACACUACUGUGAAAAUGGUCCCAAUCAAGAUUGUUCAUUCAGAAAGCCAUGCGGAGAAAGAAAGCAGGAACAAUUUGCUAAGUGCCAUUGAGCCACCUGCCUUACCCUCUGGACUUGCCAAGGACCAACUCAAAACUCUUAGCACCUCAGAACAAUCUUAUUCCCGCUUCUGUGCUUACACAAGACAUGACCCAGACCCAGAGGACCUGUCUGGAGCGACUGACAACAUAGUUACUCAAGAAUCCGUAGAAAACAAGGUUCCUUCCCCUACACCCAACAACGUAAAGAGCAAAGUUGUCUAUGCGGACUUAAAAUCAGAGGAGCUGAUGAGAGAAAUUGUUGGUAAAGAUAAGUCUUUAGCAGACAUUUUAGAUCCUAACACCAAAAUGAAGACCACAAUGGACCUUAUGGAAGGCAUAUUCCAGAAAGAUGAAAAUCUCUUAGAAGAAGCCCAACAACGUAGAAAACUUAAUCCGAAGAUCCCAUCUCCAAGGCCUUCUGAUGAGAAGAAAGAUGAGCAGAACGUGACGGCGGCUAUUUCCUUGACGACCAGUUCUGCAUAUUAUAGCACUUCUGCUCCAAAGGCCGAACUCCUCAUCAAAAUGAAGGAUAUGCAGGAGCAGCAACACACGGAGGAGAGUUCUGAAGAUGAAUUGGACCACAACCUGUUCGAAAAAAAGCAAGAACUCAUAGACAGCAUCAGCAAGAAACUGCAGGUUCUGAGGGAGGCUAGAGAAACCCUUCUUGAGGAUAUUCAAAGUAACAAUGCACUGGGAGAAGAAGUGGAGGUGAUUGUGAAAGAGGUCUGCAAAUCGAAUGAGUUUGACAAGUUCAGAAUGUUCAUUGGUGAUCUGGAGAAAAUUGUCAACCUUCUUCUUUCCCUUUCUGGACGACUUGCUCGAGUGGAAAACGCUCUUAAUAAUUUGGAUGAAACUGCAUCCCCUGAGGAAAGGAGAACACUGGUGGAAAAAAGGAAGCUGCUGACUACGCAGCAUGAAGAUGCAAAAGAAUUGAAGGAAAAUCUAGACCGCCGGGAACGUACAGUUUUUGAGAUUUUGGCUAGCUACCUUAAUGAGGAAAACCUUGCAGAUUAUGAGCACUUUGUGAAAAUGAAAUCAGCUCUCAUCUUGGAACAACGAGAACUUGAAGAUAAAAUCAAACUUGGGGAAGAACAGCUUAAAUGUUUGACCGACAGUCUCCCAUCUGAACGUCUUAAAUAGAGCGCAAAAUCGCCAAAUAUGGACUUGAGCCCUUAAUUGUAUGGUUCCGUUUAUUGGUCGUUUAAAUGAUUAUCAUCAUUCAUGUAUGGUGUCACACAUACUUAUAUUUAGCAAUAACUCUUUGAUUUGAUUGGAGGAUAUAUUUAAUUUUUUUUUUUUUUUUAAAGUGGUUGUACAGAUUUUAUUUCGUAUUUUAGAUCUUUGUUUUAGAAACAUUAAGUGUAAAGUUUCCAAUGUCAUUGUAUGGCAAACUGUUACAAAACACCGCAUGUUGUCAGGUUAUGUGUUAUGCCUGUUAUAUGUAAAAUAUAAACCUGUUCAAAUCCAAGCAGCAAAGACGUGAAGUGAUCAUGCAUUUGAUCUGCAAAUUUGUUCUCGAGAAUAUUUUAUUGCAAGAGAUGUAGUUAAAAAUGCUGUUAUUUUCUUUUUAUGUUUUUUCCUCUUGGUUAUUGAUCAACAACCAUUCUUAUUGAGAUAUUAUUUAUCAUUCUGAAAAUCUGCCAUUGUCUCAAUUUUGGUUGGAGAGAACAAGUAAUAAAAUAAGAAAAGUAUCCUAUUCCAUUAUGUCAUUUGAAACAAGCACACCUUUAAUACAGCAUGGUUGAAAUGUU